AUGGGUUUGGAGUAUGUCGACUCUAGCCAUGAUAAAAGCGGCUCCGACGUGCAGCUAUACAGCGGCAGAUGCAUCGAAAACCUAGUUGAGGACGUCGACGCCAGGGCAAGCCACCAUGAUAAUAAUCUGGAAGCCAAUAUCGAGCGGACCAAAUGGAAGCCGGACGUCAAGGAGUGGCUUAUGAUUAUAUCCGCCUGUCUGCUAGUGACGAUGGAUGCCUUGAAUGUGACCGUGCUCAUACCCCUGAUACCAGUGCCAUUGGGCGGGAUACUAUGGAUCGAGACCUCGUACCUCAUCGCCAGCGCUACGGGCCAAGCCCUUUUCGCCAUGCUCACAGACCUCAUUGGCGCAGGCCCGAUCAUCCUUUCCGCUGUGGUCCUCGCCACAGCCGGGACGGGCGUCUGUAGCGGCUCGAUGAACCUGGCCAGCCUUAUCGCUGGCCGGUUUGUGCAGGGAAUAGGAGGGGGCGCAGUGAUGGCUUAUUCGCUGCUGGUCAUGGCCGAUAUCAUCCCUGACAUGUACUUGGGCCACUACUCCGGGUACCUCUUCCAGGCUCGCAUCGUCGGGUCUAUGCUCGGCCUGGUUCUGGGAGGACUAUUCAGCGACUAUACCUCGAGGAUCUGGGCUUUUUACGCCAGCUUUGCUUUCUGCGCACUAGGGCUCCUCGUCAUCCCGUUCGCCGUGGACCUGCGUGGCCGCCGCAGCAUCUCCAUGCGCAAACUUCGCAACCUGGGCUGGCUGAGUAUCGUCCUCAGCCUUCUGGGAAUGGCUUGCCUGCUCAUCGGCUUAAGCUGGGGAGGCACCUUCUACCCGUGGUCCAGCUGGCGGGUGCUCGUGCCUCUGUGCAUCGGGGCGGGCGUGAUCCUCCUCGUGGUCCUCUACGAAAGCGUCUGGGCGACGCGGUCGAUCUUCGCCGCCGCAGACUUCCAAUCCCUCCCGCGCGCGAUGAUGUAUCUCAGCAGUUUCCUGCAUGGAUUCUCGCUCCUAUCCCACCUCCUCAACCUACCCAUGUACCUCAUCUUAAUCCAAGGCAUCAUCCCAACCCUAACAGGCCUCAGCCUACUCACCGUGACCGCCCCAUCCCUCCCAGCGCUCUACCUAAUCUCCAACUGGUCCCUCCUGCACCGUCCCCGCACAAUCCGAUGGAUCAUCCGCGCCGGCUGGGCCAUCAGCGUACUCGCCUCAUGCGCCUUCAUCACCCUGGACAUGCACACCGAACCACAAGCCUGGGUCUUCAUCUUUCUGGCCACAGGAAUAUGCCACGCCCUGCUCAUCCCAGGCUACCACCGCUGCCUCCAACACCGCCCACCCGCAACCACCGCGCCCCACGACCGCUGGAAACCCGACAACAACAGAACCAGCACCACAAAAAACACCCCCACCGAAGUCUCCAAACCAGGAAUACUAAUGUACUCCAUCCUCCAAACAUGGGGCAUGUGCAUCGCCGUCCCUGUAAGCGGAGCAAUCAUCCUAGGCCAGGUCGUCCGCGAGAUGAGCGAUCAACGCGGCGGUGGAUCCGGUACCGGACCCGAGUCCCAGGAGAUGCAGGCACUGCGCGCCAUGUACAUGGAUGGACUGCAGGCGCUGUGGCGGGUGUUGUUGGGGGUUUCGGCUUUGGGCGGGUUGUGUAGUUGUUUUGCGCGGUAG